CCUCCUAGGACCGCCGGAGCGGAGCUUCCCCCGGGCGCAAACGAGAAAGGCCGGGAGCAAGUGGAAUUUGAAGUUCCGGGGUGGGCGGGGAAGCUACUGUCCUUGGUGCUGAGCCGGAUCCCCGCAACCGGCUCCGGGGAGAGCGCGCGGAGCUGCGGCUGGCUCCCCCGAAUUGGGGCGGUCCGCUCGGGAAGCUUCGAGCAGAAACCCCCGCCCGGCUCCAAAAGCCCGCAGAGCCUCCCCAGGCACGGGAGCUUGGUCCUUCUUUCAGUCAGAAAGUCGCCCCCUUGGGGCAGUUCGUCCCAAAGGGUUUCCUCGAAAGAAUCUGAGAGGGCGCAGUCCUUGACUGAGGGAAUCUCUCUGUUUAGCUCGGGAGCCAACAGCUGGAGAAGAUGCCUGCCUUCAACAGAUUGUUUCGCCUGGCUUCUCUAGUGCUCAUCUACUGGGUCAGUGUCUGCUUCCCCGUGUGUGUGGAAGUGCCCUCGGAGACGGAGGCCGUGCAGGGCAACCCCAUGAAGCUGCGCUGCAUCUCCUGCAUGAAGAGGGAGGAGGUGGAGGCCACCACGGUGGUAGAAUGGUUCUACAGGCCCGAGGGCGGUAAAGAUUUCCUUAUCUAUGAGUAUCGGAAUGGCCACCAGGAGGUGGAGAGCCCCUUCCAGGGUCGCCUGCAGUGGAACGGGAGCAAGGACCUACAGGAUGUGUCCAUCACUGUGCUCAACGUCACUCUGAAUGACUCCGGCCUCUACACCUGCAAUGUGUCCCGGGAGUUUGAGUUUGAGGCACAUCGGCCUUUUGUGAAGACGACACGGCUGAUCCCACUCCGGGUCACCGAGGAGGCCGGAGAGGACUUCACCUCCGUGGUCUCAGAAAUCAUGAUGUACAUCCUUCUGGUCUUCCUCACCUUGUGGCUGCUCAUCGAGAUGAUAUAUUGCUACCGAAAGGUCUCAAAGGCGGAAGAGGCAGCCCAAGAAAAUGCGUCUGACUACCUUGCCAUCCCAUCAGAGAACAAGGAGAAUUCUGCGGUACCGGUGGAGGAAUAGAAAGAAGCAGUGUGCCUGGAGGUGGCCUAAACACUGAGGGAUUGGCUAUCCCAGGUUCGGUGAUGUCAACAGCGUCAGGAGGGGACCCCACGGGCCCCAUCUCUUCCCUUCGCGUGCCCAUCCUUCUAUUUGUUCAUGCAUACAUCUACCCAUCUCUGAGCUCUCACAUCUGACUGACUAGCUCCAUCAGACCUCUUCACACCGUAAGACUUUGCCAGAACCAGGAAGCC